CGGGGAAGGUAAAUAGAAAGCACAAGAGGAAGUUGUUGUCACUAUCAGUAGUAAGACUGCUAGCAUUUGGAAAUAUGAUUUAACUUUUCUCCCUUUGAAGCCGUAAACCUUUAAAAAACAACUCUGGAGGAGGCGGUCGCGUUGUUGGAACUAUAUUUAGUCGUAAUGGUUAUUUCAUUUUCCUGGGCUAUUUAUUUUAUAUUCGUGUCGAAGCCGUUGCUUGGGAAAAAUUAGCCAGCCCGUCGCUAGCAAUGGGUCGAUGACACCCACUGCACCAGAAGAGUUUGAGUGGACACCACCCAGCUUGCGGCUCUGGUGAAGGAUGGAUUUCUCCAAGUUCCUGGACGAUGAUUUUGAUGUGAAAGACUGGGUGAACGGCGCCUUCAAGGUGGUGCAGAAGGAUGCGCCGGGGAAAGCAGACACACACGCAGCUACACUGGUCAUGAAGCUACAGCUGUUCAUCCAGGAAGUCAACAAUGCUAUCGAGGAGAGCAGCAAUCAAGCUCUUCAAAAUAUGCCCCGAGUGCUACGAGACGUGGAGGCUCUGAAACAGGAGGCCUCCUUCCUGAAGGAGCAGAUGGUCCUGGUCAAAGAGGACAUCAGGAAGUUUGAGCAAGAAACGGUGCAGUCCAUGCAGGUCCUGGUGGAGAUCGAUCAGGUGAAGGGUCGCAUGCAGCUGGCAGCUGAAGCACUUCAGGAGGCAGAUAAGUGGAGCACGCUGAGUGCGGACAUCGAGGAAACCUUCAAAACACAGGACUUUGCAGUAAUUUCCUCCAAGCUGACCAGCAUGCAGAACAGCCUGGCCAUGCUGGUGGACACACCGGACUAUUCUGAAAAGUGUGUCCAUCUGGAGGCUCUGAAAAACAGACUGGAGGCCAUGGCCAGCCCGCAGAUAGUUGCAACUUUUAAUUCCAUGUCUUUAGACCAAGCCAAGCUGUUUGUUAAAGUCUUCACAGAGAUAGACAGAAUGCCCCAGCUCCUUGCAUACUACUACAAGUGUCACAAGGGCCAGUUGGUGAGCGUAUGGCAGGAUCUCUCUCAGAGCGAGCUCAGUCUGAAUCAGCAGCUGGCUGAAUUCUACGACACCCUGCUCUCCUCUUGGCAUGCUCAGCUUCAGUGGAGCAGCCAGGUGUUCAAGAACCCCGAUGAAGUGGUGACGGUGCUGCUGAUCCAGACGCUGGGGGCCUUGGUGCCAUCGAUCCCCGUGUGCCUGAGCACGGCCAUGGAGCGGGCAGCCCAAGAGCAGCGCCUGGACACUCUGCUGGAACUCCAUCAAACCACGUCCACAUUCGGACAAAACCUGGAGGCUGCAAUGCUGCCACAUUUAGGUGAGAACAACCUGCUGAAGGUGAACGAGCUGGUCUGUGCGCUGUACGACCCCUAUAAAUCUUACCAACUGCAGUAUGGAGAUCUGGAGGAAGCUCACCUCCUCAUCCAGAUCAGCGCUGUACCUUUGGAGCAUGGAGAGGUAAUUGAUUGCGUAGAAGAGUUGAGCCACUCUGUUGGCAAGUUGUUUGGCCUGGCAAGUGCUGCUGUGGACCGCUGUGUCAGACUGACUGAUGGACUUGCUGUGUGUGGCCUCCUCAAAGCCCUCAAAGCCCUUUUCACCAAGUAUGUGUCUGACUUCUCCACGACACUCCAGUCAAUCAGGAAGAAGUGCAAACUUGAGGAUACGCCAAGUUCCUCUGUUUUCCAGGAGGACUGGACAGCCUUCCAGAACUCUGUCAGGAUCAUUGCCACAUGUGGAGAACUGCUUAGGCAAUGUGGGGCCUUUGAGCAACAGCUGUCAAACAGGAUCCUCGGCACUGCAGGUAAGUACUUGUCAGAGUCGUACAGCCCACGCAGCCUGGCUGGCAUCCAGGAGGUGAGCUCCGGCGAGAGGAAGAGCGGCACCAAGAACCCUUGGCAGGAAUACAACUACCUUCAGAGGGGAAACGUGGCUGAAUACAACAACCUGAUGGAGCUACUCUACUCAUUAAAGGAGAAGGGCACAGGGAACUCCAGCUUGUUAGCAGAGCCCAGAACAGCUCUGACCAGACUCAAUCAGCAGGCCAACCAGCUGGCCUUCGACUCCGUCUUCCUGCAGAUCAAACACCAGCUCUGCCUCGUCUCCAAGAUGGAGAGUCAAGAGGCACCUGGUUUUGGAGAGAGCUACACUGAAGACCUGCCUACUUUCAGCCUGUCGCCGCAAGAAUACAUUACAAAUAUAGGACAGUACCUGAUGUCCCUGCCUCUACACUUGGAGCCUUUUGUGACGCAGGAAGAUCCAGCACUAGAGAUGGCCUUACAUGCUGGGAAGCUGCCUUUCCCUCCAGAGCAAGGUGACGACCUCCCUGAGCUGGACAACACAGCGGACUACUGGUUGGGCUCCAUCGCUCGGGCAACCAUGCAGACCUACUGUGAUGCCAUUUUGCUUAUCCCCCAACUCGGCACCCGUUCCACUAAGCAGCUGGCCACCGAUAUUGACUACCUGAGCAAUGUGAUGGAUGCUCUGGGCCUGCAGCCCUCACGUGCCCUGCAACACAUAGUCACACUGCUCAGAGCUAAACCAGAAGAUUACAGGCAGACCGCCAAACUGCUGCCUCGCAGACUGGCCGCCACCAUCGCUGCACUCCGGUGCAUCGACUACUAACAACACGUUGUCCAUAGGUACAGUGACUCCCAGAGCAGCACUGGAGAUUACCUGUGAUGUUAAUACUAGCUGGUUUCCAUGUUUACACCUCCUAGAAUCUCAAUUUUGCUAACAGCGAUUCUCACUUAGGGCGGUGGCGUUUCAGGACAUUCCUCCUGCUGAGUAGAGAUUCAGGGGAAUGUUGAGAGACUGAAAUCAGGGUGAUUGUGACCUUUUUCACGGAUGUUGAUGAGAGUGUGACUUUCAGUGAUGUCCCGCCAGUGACAAUGCCUUCCGGUCAAGGCAAACGGUGAAUGUGUCUUGACUUCUCCUUUUUAUUUCCUGCAUUUCUUUGGUGAGGAGGGUCUGCGUCAGAGCACUUUUCAUUUAUAUCAUCAAUAUAUUUGACAUACUAAUGUAGUUAAUCGAUUCAGUUAAAUUAAGGUAAUAUUUCUGAUAUGGGCUGUGUUGAUUUCUGUUAAAAGUAAAGCAGGAGGCUCAUUCUCCUUCUUUCUAUCGGUGUCGUAGUGACUGGACUAAUCACUUCUCCAUGUAGACAUUUUUCCAUAGGUUUUUUUCAUGCAGUAUCUUGAAUAUAUGUACAUAAAACAUUGGCAUCAACAAUA